AUGUCUCUGCUAGCAGCCACCGGGCGCCUGUAUGUCCCUGUCAGCUGCCGCUGGGUCUGUCGCCAGGUGAGCAUGGUCCAGGACUCCUUCAACAUCUCUGAUCAGAGCAUGAAGCCAGGGAUCCAGGUUCCCAGAUGCACAUUGGCAGAUGAGCUAGGAGAGCUGUGGGAGAAUUCCCGAUUCACAGACUGCUGCCUGGUGGUAGCUGGCCAGGAAUUUCAGGCUCACAAGGCCAUCUUAGCAGCUCGCUCUCCAGUUUUCAGAGCCAUGUUUCAACAUGACAUGGAGGAGAGCAGAAAGAAUCGCAUUGAGAUCCCUGACCUGGAGCCGCAAGUCUUCAAGGCAAUGAUGAACUUCAUUUACACAGGAACAGCACCAGAUCUGGACAGCAUGGCAGAUUCUGUGAUGGCAGCUGCUGACAAGUAUGGCCUGGAGCAUUUGAAGGUCAUGUGUGAGGAUGCCCUCUGCAGGGAUCUCAAUGUAGAGAACACUGCCCACACUCUCUACCUGGCUGACCUCCACAGCUCAGAGCAGCUGAAAACCGAGGCACUGGAUUUCAUUACAGCACAUGCCUCUGAGGUCUCUGACACCUCAGGCUGGAAGAUAAUGGUGGGCUCAUAUCCCCACUUGGUGGCUGAAGCAUAUAGCUUCCUGGCUUAUCCAUGA